AUGGCGGAGCGAAAUGGGCCCAAGGCGUCCAUAUAUUCCCAUCAGGCUACUGAGUUACAGACGCGAGCGUUGGGGUUCUUCAACCAAAUCAAGCAGCACAUCUCAGAUAAGACGUACAUACCGACCUUUGUAUUUGCGUCUCUCUUGGGCAUACAUGUUCUUUACGAAACACUGCAAUGGCACUGCGGCUCUCUCGCAGACUUCAUCGAUGCUUUUGUCAAUUACUCGCGUCUACAUCGAGGGGUACGAUCCAUCACCGGGAAAUACUGGGACGAAAUACUGCAGUCUGACCUGAAGCCUCUCUUGUUCAUCGUGGACGUCAUGGACAAGGAACCCGUCCAGACUCCAGGUCCGGAAACGAAGCAGUUGAGAGAAUUCUUGGACAAGACACCAACACCUUCCGCGUCGACAACUCUUUGCAUCGCAGCGCUAGAAAAGCUUCAAUGGGUUAUCGACCUCGCCGGAGGACGACCGGACGAGUUCGAGGUUGGUGUCCAUGCGGUUAUGUCGUGGCCCAUAUGUAUCCCGGACGAGUACGUCGAAGCACUGCACCAGCAUCAACCGGAGGCCCUCGUCGUUUUGGCCUUUUACGCCGCGAUGCUGCAUAGGUACCGGCGUUUCUGGGCAUUCGGUGGUUCUGGCGCGCCCAUAGUCCAUUUGAUAUCGAACAGUGUCGGGUCCUUCUGGCAAGACGUCUUGGCUUGGCCCUUGCAAGUUUUGAUUGAAAGUUGA